AUUAAGUGCAGGCACAUGAGCAGAGGGUGAACCUUUUCGACAAAUCAAUAAUAUAACGUCUUCUGUCUCUAUUCUAUUUCCUAUUCAUCAGUAAAAAUGGAAGAAUUAAAUGCAUUUCCAAUUCUACAAUUGCCUUCUAGAUCACUUCAAAAAACACUUCGAAUUAUGACACCCUUGAAUCUAUUCACACUCUCGUUCAUCUCCAAGAAAACGAAUAGUUUAAUAGAACGUCUAAACAUAAAAGCCCGUGUUAGUAUAAGAUUGGAUUCCGAAGUAGUAAUCAUUAUUAGAACCGAUGAACACCGUGACAUGAGUAUAUACUUCCUAACUGAUAUAUUUCGUAUACCCGGAGCAUUAAACUAUCAAAGAAUAGGCCCUCCCUUCCAAAAUAUGCCCGGCUUGAUUGAAUUAGUGCUCAGUAAUGACUUCGUACCACUAGAUCAACCCUAUUUACCAGAGGAUGAAUCUUCUUGGGAAAUGCCACAAUUAGGACCUAAAGAGUGUAUUCAUCACAUUUUUAAACUUUUUCAUACAAAUAAGAUAGAUACGAUUUUAUUCUGGCGACAUAACUUUGAUUUUUAUUCGGUGUUUACUGAUUUCAAAGAUUUUGAAAUUGGGGCAAUAAGAAGAUGUUCUCUUAGUUGCCCACCAUUUUCUUCUCAAAGUUUGCCAGACUUAUUAUCACUGACUGAACAGAUCUCAUUUAAUUUCGAUAGUUCGUAUUUCUCAAAAUUAGAGAAAUUUAAAGAAAUUGUAUCAAAAAAUCUGAGUUAUCUUUCUCUAGAAGACUCAAUACCACUCACCGAUUUAUUGAUUUUAAAUUGCAUAUAUUUACAAGUUUUCGGCCCAAUUAGCUCAUUUGAUAUGAAUUUAUUUCUGAAACACUGGAUCAAUGGUUCAAAUUCACAAUUGGAAAGAUUCUCGAUGGAUGUGGCAGGUUCAAAAGAAGAAGGAAUUCAACAAAUAUUAAAACAUAUUGAAUAUGUCACUUCUCCAGACAAUCGAAUACGGAAUUUUAAAACAUCAUUCUUCAAUUCGAUUGUUUACGGAAAUUCAAAAAUGGAGGAAGUCCGAGGAGGAAUGGAUAUUAAACGACUGGAUGGUACAUGUGCAACUCUUACGUUUGAUCAUAAUACACCCGGAGAUCAUUUUGAACGAGUUUAUGUUAAUAUGUUUGUUUGGAUUUAAAAUUACUUUAAAAGAUAUUUAUUUCUUUAUUUUAUUCGAAAGCUUACAUUUUUCUAUUUAAUAAAUAUAUUUUACA